AUGGCGACUUUGAGGAAAUUAUUCGAACAUUGUGAAUUCGGGAAUAUCUUAAACGAUACUCUACGUGACAGAUUCGUGUGUGGUCUAAAGGAUGAAAACACACAAAAGAGAUCAUUAUCUAAAAGUGAUCUGACAUUACAAAAGGCCGUAGAGGAAGCCGUUGCAAUGGACACUGCCACAAAGGACGCUUCGGAUUUACGUACGACCGUUGAUCAUGUACGUAAGACUGUCAAAUCAAAGAAAUGUUCGGGCAAACCGAAAAAGAAUGAGAAAACAAAACAAACUGUACAAAUGUUUGAUCCGUGUAAGCACUGUGGGAAAGUUAUAGGUAUGCAAGUUACCAUAUCGCUAAAUGAAAAUGCUAUGCCAAAAUUCAUGAAAGCCAGACCAGUGCCGUAUUUAUUAAAGCCUAAAAUUGAGAAAGAACUUGACAUAUUAGAGGAACAAGGAAUUAUUUCAAAUAUGAACACUUCUGAAUGGGCAUCACCGAUUGUUCCAGUUGUAAAGCCAAAUGGAGAUGUGAGAACUUGCGGAGACUUUAAAAUGUCUGUCAAUCAGGAGAUGUAUGUUGACAAAUACCCACUUCCAAAUAUACAGGACUUUUUUGAAGAUUUAUCGAAUGGUCGGAAAUUCACAAAACUGGAUCUAAAAUGGGCUUAUUUACACCUGGAAGUUGACGAACAGAGCAGGAAAAUACUAACAAUUAAUACUCGUAAAGGGUUGUAUUCGAUGAAUAGGUUAUUUUACAAGGUAUUGUCAGCACCUGCGAUCUGGCAAUGUACGAUUGAUGAAAUCUUGCAAGAGUACAGAGCUAAUGUGACCGAUAGGGAGUUUCAUUGCGACAAAGAGGAGUCGAUACCAUUGUCUCUGCAGUGCGUGUAUGACGAGGAUGGUUCUGGACACAUGACCGGAUGUCGAUCUGGCUAUCACUUACAGAAUUGCACAACGUUUGCAUGUCCGGAAUAUACAGUGAAAUGUCCACGAAGCUACUGUGUUCCAAUUACAUUUGUUUGUGACGGGAAAAUGCAUUGUCCAAACGGCGAGGACGAGCUUAACUGCACUUGUACCCUUACAGAAAGAGAUGUUAUAAUUAUUGUUGAAGAUACGAAUCAGCCAACAGUUAGCGAAACGGCAGCUGUUAAGUUAGCGGAACAAUUCUACAGCCCCGGCAGUAUCAUUCGAUUAUUACACUUCAAGACGACUACUACACAGGCGGCGAUUCCUAUAACACACGAACUGUUAGAAAUACGUGAAGAACGUAUAACAAAGUUCCAAGAAUUUACAUCAGAAAUGAAAGAUUGCUUUUAUAAAUCAAUGGCUCGGAAUUUACUGCAUAUUACACGUUUUUCAAAAACUGAUGGUGUUGUUUUUAUUGAAGACAGUGUAAAAUCCUCUUCUAUUGCGAACUUGAUGUUUUCAAAUCUUUCGAGGCCAUCAUUUUUCACUUACCGUGUUAUCAAAGACAGUGUUUCAAUCGAUAACAAAAGAGACCGUUAUAGGUUUGUGAAAGACAUUCGCAUUAUCAGAUGGGAGGCAUUGUUUUCGAUCGGGUACAGACGUUUCCCUGAAAUAUGCGAAGCUGGGAGUGUUGUUCCCUGUUCAGGAGGAUACAGAUGUUCGUCAAGUCAGCAGUGUAUACCAUUGGAACAGAUUUGUGACGGUAUCGCUCAAUGCAGCAGCAAAGACGACGAACAGCUAUGCGAUUUCAGUUGUCCUUAUAAUUGUUCAUGUUCUGGGUAUUCGGUAAGCUGCCGAGAAGCAAAUAUAAAACUAGAACAAGUGUUGGCACUACCAAAUAGCACUAGGAGUGCAGAUAUUAGUUUAAAUCCAGAAAUACAUAAACUAUUAGAAGCGGACAAACUACGAUUACCUUUCUUGGUCAGACUUAAUAUAUCCUCGUGCAGGAUCAGCUCUCUUAGCAAAAAGGCAUUUGCUCAUAUAAACAACAUCGUAUCACUGGAUAUUGGACAUAAUGAAAUAACAAGCUUGCCAGAACAUGUAUUCUCUGCUUUGAGGCACCUUCGACAUCUAAAUUUGAUUGGUAAUGUUAACCUUAGAGUUAUAUCCUCGACAGCAUUUCAUGGACUAGAAAAUAUAAAUAAUUUGCAGAUUACUGGAACAAAGCUGAAACGGAUUUCUGCAUACACCUUCUCCAAUUUAACAGUAAAAGUAAUAAACAUUUCAUAUAAUCGGAUACAAGAAAUUGAAGACUUUGCUUUUAUUAAUAUUUCAGUAGAGAAAUUAGACCUCAGAGGUAAUGAAAUUUUAAUUUUCAACAAGCAUAUUUUUCGCAAUGUUACAUCACUCCGAGAACUCCGUACACCUGCUUAUAAAUUUUGCUGUAUUCUCCCAUGUUCUGUCAAGGAAAGUGAUUGUUAUCCAAAAAGAAACGAAUUUUCCUCGUGCGAAGACCUCAUGAGACAUCCAGUCCUUCAGGCAGUGCUAUGGAUAGUAGGGAUAGCAGCAUUAGCUGGAAAUCUUGGAUCGAUUAUUUACCGCUUGGGUUAUGACAGAGCAAGAUUAAAAAUCGGCUAUGGCAUCUUUGUGACAAAUUUGGCCACUGCUGACUUUCUUAUGGGAGUGUACCUCAUCAUAAUAGCUGUAGUGGAUUCAUUAUAUCGAGACAAGUAUAUUUUCAAGGAUGAGCAAUGGCGAAAUAGCAAAUUGUGUGUCACUGCCGGUAUAUUGUCUACUGUAUCUUCCGAAGCGAGUGUCAUCUUCGUCUGUUUGAUAACCUUAGACAGACUUUUAGUCAUCAAAUAUCCUUUCGGUACCGUCAAAAUUGGACCUAAGAAUGCGCACAUCGUUUGCCUCAUCUCCUGGAUAUUUGCCAUUGCUUUAGCUUUGGUUCCUAUUAUAUUCACUGACUUUUUUCAGAACAGUUUCUAUUCCAGAUCGGGAGUAUGCAUCGCCCUUCCUUUAACGAGAGAUAAGCCACCAGGCUGGAUGUAUUCGGUUGCCAUAUUUGUUGGCUUGAACUUUUGUACGUUUAUUCUUGUGGGUUUAGGCCAGUGCGCAAUUUUUAUAGAGCUACGGAAAGCAACAAGCACCAUAAAGAAAACGCAGAGAUCAAGAAAGCAAGAUCUGAAAGUAGCGAGGAACCUCAUUCUUGUUGCAACGACAGAUUUCCUGUGCUGGUUUCCAAUAGGCGUAAUGGGAAUAAUGGCAUUGAGUGGAUAUCCUGUCUCCGGGGAUGCUUACGCCUGGACAGCAGUGUUCAUAUUACCACUCAACUCGGCACUGAAUCCUGUUUUAUACACACUCACGGCAAUAAUCGGAAAACAGAAAUUCAACCCAAGUACUGAGGAGCAGAACAGAGUAGAACUUCAAAAGGAGAUUAGUUCAGCGAUCCUUCAAUACGACAACUCUGGUAGAUCAAUGGGAAUUACAAGGGGAUCACUUCUGAAAGGAACACGCAGCGUGCAGGACUUGCUCAAAAAGGAAGGGAGCAUUCCCGCUGUAGCUGCUGCUGCAAUAAGUUUGAAACUUUCAAAGUAUUUAACCAUGCUUCAUGACUCUUCAAUUGCUGUUGAUGAAAUAUCGAAAGGAAACACUUACAUUCGAAUGAAUAGAAAGAAGUUGUAUUGUAUUAUGUUGCUAGCUGGACAAUGCGCAAAGAGCUCAUGA